AUGCUCUCAUCCGUAAUGGGUGAAAAGAAAUGGAUAACAACUGCAUGGAAUCUAAUGAAAGAUCUACUUCGGUCGCAUUUUGGCCAUAAUGUCCUCAAAUUAUUGCUUGAGUUGCUGAGGAAUGGCGCCAGUUGUCCGAAGAAGCAAGUGCUUGUUGGCGCUGUUUAUUGUAUUCAUACUGCACUAUGGAGCCGACAGGUAAAAGAUGCAGCACUCUUCCUUGGUUGA